GGAUAUCAAGAAGCCCGACGCGUUGCCAAGGCUCCUGAGGCUCGCACCGCACGGAGUACUGGGAGGGACCGACCGCUCUCGAGUACGCAGGCGCAGGCUGCCGGUGGCCGCCGGUGGAUUAUCUCCAGCUCAGAUGGACUGGGAGCUGAGAAAGGGAAGGCAUGUCAGAACGCAGGGCCAGGUGGAGGCUGACAUGACUGCUGUCAUGAUCAGGUAGUGUGCCUCCUCUGAGGCAGCCUGCCUGCUGCUGGAAAGCUCCAGCUGCCUCCUCACUUUUUCAAGGCAUGUCAUGGCACACACACUCUGGUGGGUCUUAUUUUUCUACUUGGCUAGGAUCCAAGAAAACUGAGGCAGCCUUCAUCCAUGGACUCCGAAUCUAGUGCUCAGGAAUCGCCCCUUUUCUAAAGAAGACAAUAGGAAGACAGGUAAUCUCUGGAAAAAUCUCAAAACCAUGGAUCAGGUAUUGUUGCCCUGCACUCUGUCCUUUGCUUCUUCAAACUAGUAAAACUCUUCAGUUUUCUCCUGAAUUUCAUUUGCCAUACAUGGUGUCUGCCUGGGACCUGCACACAGGCCAAGAAUGUAUACAUUGUUACAGGGAUCCGUGUCAUUUAAAGACGUGACUGUAGACUUUACUCAGGAAGAGUGGCAGCACCUAGAUCCUGCUCAGAAGACCCUCUAUAUGGAUGUGAUGUUGGAAAAUUAUGGCCACCUCAUUUCUGUGGGGUGUCACAUGACCAAGCCUGACGUGAUCCUCAAGUUGGAACGAGGAGAAGAACCGUGGGCGUCUUUUGCAGGUCACACCUGCUUAGAAGAAAACUGGAAAACUGAAGACUUUUUAGAGGAAUUCAAGGAACAUAAACAUUGUAGAUCAAUUGUAUGCAUCAAUCGCAAGAAACUAAUGAAAGAAAAGAAUAAUGCAUAUGAAAAACCAAAGUCAAUUACUCUAGGCAAAAGCCCUGUUAAUUCGAAAUGUCUACCUCCUGAAUGUGAUCCUCAUGGAAAGGUUCUGGAAAGUGUUCCAGAACUGAUCAUGAGUCAUCUAAGUCCUGCAAGAAAGAGACCUAUCACGUGUAAUGGAAAUGGGAAAUUGCUCCUCAGUACCAAACAAGAGAAAACUCAUGUUCAAGUCAAAUCCCAUCAUCAAAGUGGCAGGACAUUCUGUCCUAAUGAAGUUCUUACACAGUAUCAGAAGACAGGAACUUCAGCUCAGUCAUUUGGAUACGGUAGUGAGAAACCGUUCCUUAAAAGGGGAGGCUUAAUUACACAUAACAAGGCAUACAGAGGGGAAAAAUCACCUGCACACAGUAAAAAGAGAACAACAGUCAAUAUUGAUAAAAAGCACACAUGCUCUGAGUGUGGGAAAUCCUUCUGCAGGAAGUCUGUGUUGAUUCUGCAUCAGGGGAUUCACACAGAGGAGAAACCCUACCAGUGCCAUCAGUGUGGAAAUGCUUUUAGAAGGAAGUCCUAUCUCAUCGACCAUCUGCGAACUCAUACAGGAGAGAAACCCUUUGUGUGCAAUGAAUGUGGCAAGUCUUUCCGCUUAAAGACAGCCCUCACUGACCAUCAGAGAACACACACAGGGGAGAAAUCAUACGAGUGUCCUCAGUGCAGGAACACCUUCAGACUGAAGUCACACCUCAUUCGUCAUCAGAGAACUCACACAGGAGAGAAACCAUACGAAUGUCAUGACUGUGGGAAGUCCUUCCGUCAGAAGACAACACUGUCUCUACAUCAGAGGAUUCACACCGGAGAGAAACCCUAUAUGUGUAAAGAAUGUGGCAAGUCUUUUCACCAAAAGGCAAACCUUACUGUCCACCAGAGAACUCACACAGGGGAGAAGCCAUAUAUUUGUAAUGAAUGUGGGAAAUCCUUCUCCCAAAAGACAACCCUAGCUCUUCAUGAGAAAACCCAUAAUGAGGAGAAACCUUAUGUUUGUAAUGAAUGUGGUAAAUCUUUCCGCCAGAAAACAACCCUUGUAGCACAUCAGAGAACACACACAGGAGAGAAAUCUUACGAAUGUCCUCACUGUGGGAAGGCCUUUAGAAUGAAGUCAUACCUCAUUGAUCACCACAGAACUCACACAGGAGAAAAGCCCUAUGCGUGCAAUGAAUGUGGAAAGUCAUUCAGUCAGAAAACAAAUCUCAACCUACAUCAAAGAAUUCAUACAGGAGAGAAACCUUAUAUCUGUAAUGAAUGUGGGAAGUCCUUUCGCCAGAAAGCAACCCUCACUGUACACCAGAAAAUACAUACAGGGCAGAAGUCCUAUGAGUGUCUUCAGUGUGGGAAAGCGUUCAGUAGGAAGUCAUAUCUCAUUCAUCACCAAAGAACCCACACAGGAGAGAAACCAUAUAAAUGCAAUGAAUGUGGAAAGUGCUUCCGCCAAAAGACAAAUCUCAUUGUACAUCAGAGAACUCACACAGGUGAAAAGCCCUAUGUUUGUAACGAGUGUGGAAAGUCUUUCAGUUAUAAGAGAAAUCUCAUUGUCCACCAGAGAACUCACAAGACAGAAAACAUGGAAUUGCAAUAAAUGAUGUGAUUUA